AUGGCUCGCCACGGGGAUACUCGCUCACCAUCACCUGUAGGCAGCACCUAUUCUUCGUCCAAACGGAGCCGGAGAGAUGAAGACCGCUACGAGAGGAGCAGGCAUGAUGAUGGGAGGAGUUACCGUCGAUCACGCAGUCCGGCAGAGGUAGGUGCACAACGCCGUGGGCCGAUGAUCCACGACGCAUUAUCGCUCACAAAACCCUCGCUGCUGCAGAGGCGAUACCGUGAUCGCGACCGAGAUCGUGACCGAGACCGGGAUUCUUACAGGAGACGCGAUCGAUCGCUAGACAGGCGCGAUCGCGAUGACUACCGUGACGACGACAUCUACAGACCGAGCAGGCGGGACCGUUCUCGGGAUCGUCGCCGCUCCCGCUCCAGAGACCGGGAUGACUAUCGACGGAGAAGUCGCUCUAGAGACAGGAGUCGUGACAGAGACUAUCGAAGCAGGCGAGAUGACUCCCGCGACCGGGCUCGGAGGCGGAGAGACGAUUCUACUGACUCGAGGCACAAGUAUAGACGGGAUGACAGCAGAGACCGUGCUUCCCCAAGAGAGUCGGACUCCAGGUCCCGAGAGGUGCGUAACAGGGGUUUGACCGAUUUUGCCUCUCACACCAUGACUGACGUUGCUGCGCAGGCUUCGAAGGUAUCAGCGCCAACGCCUGCGGCCCAGACAGACGAAGAGAAGAAGGCGGAACGACUGGCCAAAUUGGAGGCCUGGAAGCAGAAACAGGCAGCGGAGCGGGAACGCAAACAACGUGAACUCGCUGCGUCCGGCGGCGCACGGAACAUCUUGGAGGAAAUAGACAAGAGAUCUAGGCUGUCGCCCGCUGUUGCUUCGACCAAAGCCACGGCUCCUCCUUCACAGGAAGCUACUCCGGCUGAAAAUGCUGGGAAAUUCGACCCGAAAGCAAUUGCGAAGAAGGCCACUGCCACCUCGACAGGGCCGUCUCCACUGGGCAAGGACGUUGCGGUCCCUGAUUCUGCUAAAUCCAAUGGAGCACCAAAUGCUAACAAUGUCUCAGCCGUGGAGAGCAAGUCUUUUGGUGAGUCAAUAGGCCCUGCAGACUUUCUAGCCAGUUCGUUGGCUAACGCUUAUGAUCCAGCUGCUCCGUUGAAAGCGCGCGGUAAUGUCGGCAGCUUUGGAUUAGGUUCCAAGGCUGCUGCCGAUACCGAUAAACCUUCUACGCAGCGGACCUUGGGCUUUGGCGAGGAAGAGUCUACGCAAAGGAAGCUUGAACGACUUCCGACGCCUCCACUUGACGAUGCGAAAGACGCCGCGGCUGACGGGACGGUUGAAGACGAAGAAUCGGACAUCGACAUGCAGGAUGGCGGCACAGAGGAAGAAAAUGCUGCUGCUGCUCGUGCGGCGGCGGAGAAGCGAGAAGAACGCCUGCAAAGCCAACAGGCCGCGCUAAGUGCCGAAGCCAAUGGCGACGUUGCCAUGGCCGAAGCACCGCAACAGGACAGUGCUGCUGCUGGGCAACAAGCAGGCGAAGAGGAGAUCGACCCUCUUGAUGCUUUUAUGUCCGGAUUAACGGACACUGCUUCCGCCCAGAGGACCAAUGGCACGAAGUUCUCGAAAUCCAAACAGCAGCAGCCCGAGGCUAUCUUUGGUGAUGAAGAUGACAUGGACAUGAGUGCCGUUGGCGAGGGCGACGCCGAGGACUUCCUCGCGCUUGCGAAUAAGAAGAAGAAGAAGGAUAUCCCCACCAUGACAGAGGAAGAGGUCGCGAAUCUGAGACUCGAGCUCGACGGCAUCAAAGUCCGUGGACUCGAUGUCCCCAAACCGAUUCUCAAGUGGUCGCAGUGCGGAUUAGGUGUGCAAAUAAUGGAUGUAAUCCGCAAACUUGGUUAUGAAAAACCAACCGCCAUCCAGUCCCAGGCGCUUCCUGCAAUCAUGUCUGGCAGAGACGUGAUAGGCGUCGCCAAAACUGGGUCCGGAAAGACCAUUGCCUUCCUUCUUCCCAUGUUCCGACAUAUCAAAGACCAGAGGCCUUUGGAGAACAUGGAAGGUCCUAUCGGCUUGAUCAUGACGCCGACUCGAGAACUGGCGACGCAGAUCCACAAGGACUGCAAGCCAUUCCUGAAGGCGCUGGGUCUUCGAGCCGUGUGUGCGUAUGGCGGUGCUCCAAUCAAGGAUCAGAUUGCCGAGUUGAAACGCGGAGCAGAGAUCAUCGUCUGCACGCCCGGACGGAUGAUCGAUCUCCUGGCUGCAAAUGCAGGCAGAGUGACAAACCUGCGGAGAGUGACCUAUGUGGUACUUGAUGAGGCAGAUCGGAUGUUUGACAUGGGAUUUGAGCCCCAAGUCAUGAAGAUCAUGGCGAACAUCCGACCGACGCGCCAGACAGUCCUCUUCUCAGCGACGUUUCCUCGCAACAUGGAAGCUCUGGCGCGCAAGACCCUGACCAAACCCGUGGAAAUCAUCGUCGGCGGUAAGAGUGUGGUCGCGCCCGAGAUCACGCAGAUUGUCGAGGUGAGAAACGAAGACACCAAGUUCGUGCGCCUGCUGGAAUUGCUGGGCAAUUUCUACUCGGAUGAAGCGAAUGAGGACGCGCGGACUCUGAUCUUUGUUGACCGCCAAGAAGCCGCUGACAGUCUUCUUCGUGAGCUGAUGCGCAAGGGCUAUCCUUGCAUGUCGAUCCACGGAGGCAAGGACCAAGUCGAUCGAGACUCGACUAUCGAUGAUUUCAAGGCAGGUGUCUUCCCGGUCUUGAUUGCAACUUCGGUCGCCGCUCGUGGACUCGAUGUGAAACAGCUCAAGCUCGUUGUGAACUAUGACGCUCCCAACCAUCUGGAGGAUUACGUCCAUCGCGCAGGACGAACCGGACGUGCUGGAAAUAAGGGCACGGCGGUUACGUUCUUGACGGAGGAGCAGGAGCGAUAUUCAGUUGAUAUUGCUAAGGCGCUCAAGCAGAGCGGCCAGCCGGUUCCGGAGCCCGUGCAGAAAAUGGUCGACUCCUUCAUGGAGAAGGUGAAGGCCGGUAAAGAGAAGGCGGGCGGAUCAGGCUUUGGCGGCAAAGGACUGGAGCGGCUGGAUCAGGAGCGUGACGCUGCACGGAACCGGGAGCGCAAGACGUACCGGACGGGCGAGGAAGGCGAUGAGGAGGAGCAAGAGAAGGUCGACAACAAGGGAGAAGACAUCUUCGCCAAGGCGGCCUCUGCCGUGCAGCCAUCUGGGGUACCCAACGUGCCGAACCUGGAUGGCAAGAUCACGGUGCACAAGACGGAGAGACCGGGACCGCGGCCGUCGAACUCGAACGAUCCUCUGGACAAGGUCGGUUCAGCGGUGGCGGAUAUCCAUGCACGGUUGAACCGAGCCGGCGUGAUGAGGUCGGGAGCUCCCAUCGACAACAAGGGACCAGAUGCGGGAGCAUUCCAUGCGACGUUGGAAAUCAACGACUUUCCUCAAAAAGCACGUUGGGCCGUCACCAACCGCACAAAUGUGGCCAAGAUCCUGGAAGCCACGGGUACAUCGAUCACAACAAAAGGCAGCUACUAUCCUCCUGGCAAGGAGCCUGGCCCAGGCGACAACCCCAAGCUGUACAUUCUUGUUGAAGGCGACACGGAGCUGGUGGUCACCAAGGCAAUGCAGGAGCUCAUGCGGCUGUUGAAGGAGGCCACCCUCGCGGCGGCGGAUAGCGAGGCCCGCCUGCCUGCAAGCGGGAGAUACAAUGUUGUCUAA